AUGAAAAUUUCAUCAGAAUUUUCUUCGGCGGGUCCCACAGUCUUCUGGAAGAUCUUGGCCGUCGAUGCCAAUCCGACGAUCGCGACCAGCGAUUUGCGUAUCGAAUCAGGGUACAAAUUCUACGUCGAUUUAUUAUUUUAUCGGGAGUUGAAAGCUGCCUCUAAAUCGCCCUACAGCUUCACUUCACUGCGUCGCAGGCAAGAUGCGUUCACUGUGAGAGCGAGAGCAAUGAAAGUUCGAAUGGAGGAAAGUGAGAGGGGAGGGGAAGAUGCUGAGAAGGGCAAGCAUGAUUUGGAGAUUGUGAUGGUGGAUCAUCACUAUCCUGAACCCUUGGCAAAGUAUGAGGAUGUCAUUGCCGAUCCGAAAUUGUUUGUCGAAACACUUGAGGAUUUUCACUCCAGAGUUGGGACAAAGUUAAGGGUACCAACGGUCGGAGGCAAGGAGCUUGACCUUCAUCGCCUUUUUGUUGAGGUAACGUCUCGAGGAGGCAUUGAAAAGGUAAUCGAAGACCGGAAAUUGAAAGAAGUAACUUCUGCUUUUACUUUCUCAUCCACUACCACAAGUGCAUCUUACUUGGUUCGCAAAAACUACAUGUCUUUGCUGCGUAGUUAUGAGCAAGUCUAUUUCUUUCGGUCAUCAGCUUCCAUGAACAUGAGUUCCGCAACAUCAGGUCUGACAGAGCGAUCUGUUGAAGAAAUAGAACCAUCUUCUGAAACUCAGGCUAUUUCACAAAAACGAAGGAGAAAGAAUAAUCUGGCAGCCUCAUCUCCAUAUCAAAAAGUUGUUGGAGUAAUUGACGGAAAAUUUGAGCAGGGCUACUUUGUAACCGUUACUAUUGGAGCAGAAAAACUCAAAGGUGUUCUCUAUCACAUUCCUAGACGGACUGAUGUACGAGUAACUAAGCAUGCAGAGGUUGUUGACGAUAGCAACUUGGAGAGCCGGAGUGGUGGUCGCACGCGAAAGAAACUUCACAAAAGUUACUCUAAUAAUCCAGAACCAAAAGUAAACAAGAGUGGGUACCCUCUAUUUUUUGCUGAGCAGCAGGCGAAGUUUAAGCAACUCUAUCCUAGAAAGGGCCGAGAAAUCAAUAAAAUGAUCCGGGAGUUGUGGAGCAAGUUACCUGAGAGCGAGAAGGCGGUGUAUCAAGACAUGCAGCGCUAUAGAACUGAAAUCGUGAAUAGGGAGAAACAGAAGGCAAGCCAAAUAAUCGAUGCAGCAUCGUUGGCGCAAUCUCCAGCUGAACCGAAGUUCCUACAAGAUGCUGGUGGAAAUUUUGUGAAUGAAGAAAAUUUAAUUCUGAGUAACGAGAACAACUCUGGUUCUGAAACUAGUGGUUCUGAUAUUGAGGCAUAUCAUGAGUUUGGUGGAACACCUAUAGCAAGUAGAUACCAAAUGAGAAAGUGAGUGAUGCUAGUAGUCGCAGGAAAGAUGACUAUGAUAACGAGAAGAGUUUAAGAUGACCAUUUUGUGACUUGCAUUUAGAUCCUGAUUGGGACCUAAAGUAUUGGUCUAGAGAGUUUUUGUUAGUUCUAUUUCCAUUCUAAAUCUAAACUCUGUUGUAAUAUAACCUAGUUAGGGAAGUGCUAUUGUUGGAUUAGUUUUGUGGCCAAUGGUCCUUCAUCUUAAUUUACUGUCUCGUUAACGAUCGUGUAUAACUUGUUUCUGUAAUGGAAUGUUGAUGAUUUUGUAGCA